GUUAUGGUGAGGGCCGAUAUCUUAUAGGAGGUCAGAUCGGGAGCGGAUCGCCGGGGCAACAUGGAUAUCCAGAGCUGUGUGCAAAUGUUUGAAACCCACAUACAGGGAUACACUGGUGAUGACCCUUUGGAUCUGUGGGACAGGUAUGUUCUUUGGGCUGAAGAAACUCUACCGCCGCCAGAAAAACGUAACAUUCUCUGUUUGUUGCAACGUUUAGUUCAGAACUUUGUAGGGGACAAAAGAUACUGCAAUGAUGAAAGAUACCUGAAAUACUGCAUCCGAUUUGCUGAAACUAUUGAUGAACCUACGCAGUUCUUUGAGUAUCUUUACAGCCGAGGUAUAGGUACAUGUUCUGCUGCCCUGCUUGUAAUCUGGGCCCAGCAGCUGGAAGCAAAGGGGGACCUGCACAAUGCAAGUGCCAUGUUUCAGAAAGCCGUUCAGAACCAUGCACAGCCAAAGGACUUUCUGGAUCAUCACUACAGGGCAUUCCAAACAAGAAUUUCUGAGAAGACGUCAACUGAUCGAGAACACCCUGUGCAGCCUUUGAGAGAGUCUCAAAUUUUGAAUCGGAUCACACCUACAUCAGACACUGAUCCUUCUUCACUAGCUAAAUGUCAGAACUCUGCAGGAAUUCAGAAUCCAAUUGUGAAACCUUCUGAAGUGCCUCAGAAUAGGGAUGAAUCCAACGUUAACAAGUGGGUGACGAUCUCAAAGUCGGCUGUGGUACCUACACCAGUUGCAUCUUCUGCAGAAAUCAAGCAGGUUCCCAUGUACUGUAGGGACAAACUAAUCUGUGGAGAUUCCGAGAUGUCCCUUGAGGAAUUCAGAGCAAUAAUCUACAGGAAGAAAUGUGAACAGCGUCAAAAGAUGCACCAGUGGGAGGAAGAACAAAAGAAAUACACGAAGGUCAAGGAGGAGGCUGCUAUCCAAGAAAAUAUGUUGAAGCAGAAGAUGGAGCAACUGAGCAGCCUGCUAAAUGGCCAGGCAGCUGCAAACAAGCCUACUUCUGAGCCCAGUGCAGCAAUGCCUUCAAACUUCAGCAUGUUGACCUCAACAGUCCAGAAUGAAAAUCAACCACACAUGACAGUAUCAGUUCCUCGCUCUCCCUUCGAGCUGGCUCCCGCGGCACAACCAUCGGUUUCCCCAGGAAUUUCUACAUCCCAAUACAACCCCUCUCCAUCUGGGCAACUGUCCUCUCUCUCCCUACUGGAUGCCCAAACUUGCAGUAGAGCUGAGCAAGAAGUGCAUCAUUCUCAGCACCCUGCCCCAUUGACAUCUGAUGGCAGCAUGUCUACUAAACCAUGCUCUUUUCUGGAACGAUCAGCAACGUCACAUUCUGACACUCAAAGAACAAUGAUUCAAAACAUUAGUGCCAGUAUGGUGAAGUUACAACCUGCAACGAGGGAAGUAGCCAACUCAUCGGGUUAUAUAGCAAAUACCUCACAUGUUACGCCCAACACGUCACUAGGAUAUGUGCAAGCUACGCCAUCUAAAGUCCUUCCCUCGCCUACAGUGAACACCAAGGAAGCACUGGGUUUUAUAAUGGACAUCUUCCAGACAUCUACUUUACCUGGUGAUGAAGAGGACGAAAACCUCUUUGAAAUGGCAGAUCCCAGUAAACCUGAUAUUGAGACCCUCUGCCGAAAUGACAAUAAUUCGGAUGUAGGUGGUCUUCUGGGACUACGCAACUCUGUGCCAACUUUGCCAUCUGCCUUCUGCAUCUUUGAAGAUGAUAUAGCUAAACCAAAUGAUGCUUCCAAAGUCCAGCAAACAGAGGUGAAGACAUUUGGGGAACAUCCUGUACUCAGACCUACUUUUAAAAGUGACGAGGUGAAAGCUGCUGAAUCUCCGGUGGAUGACUGCACCGUGUGGGCUGGUCGAUGUAACAAAACACUGGCCCCCAGUCCAAAUAGUACAGGAGACUUUGCACAAGCAGCUCGAUUUGCAUCUACUCCUGCCGGCAACAGGCAGCCUGAGCAAACUUGGCAGAUACUGGAGGAUAAAGAAAAUGCAGUGGGUUCAUAUACAAACAGCAGCAGUCAUAUGGGUUUGGACUCUUCUGAGGAUAAAACUGUCCAGCCAUCAAAAAUAAGGAAGCUCAGCCCCAUUCAAGAAAAAAGCCCAGAACAUUCUAAAAUAGCAUUCAGCGCCCCUUCACCGUCUUCAUGCAGCAUUUUUCCUGCACAGAGUUCAGAAAUCACUGGGGAUGCUGAAUUGGAGAAUGCUGGAAAUCUCCUGGCAGCCUGUAAACUCUCUGAGACAUUACAGGGCACCUUAUUGAAUAUUGAAGAUCCCUGGGGUGUAACAUCACAGCCAUUCAGAUUUGAGGAUGAGAAGGAGCCAGAAGUUACCAUGCCAGAGCAAGUGUUGGUUGAAAAUGCGUGGGAUGACAACUUGAUUGCAAGCCUUCUGUCAGAACUGCCCAAACAACUGAGCUCCCUGAGCAGCUACCAUCAAUGGCCAACAAAUAUUCCAUUAGUCAGGCCUAAAAUCGAGAUAAAGCUGGGAUCCCAGUCGUUUCAUGUUGAUCAUUUGCUUGGGGAAGGAGCCUUUGCUCAUGUUUAUCAAGCUUCCACAUUGGUUACGGAAACCCAGCACAGUUCCAAAGUUAUUCUGAAGGUACAAAAGCCUGCAAAGCCCUGGGAGUUUUACAUUGGCACACAGAUUUCGCAACGGAUUAGUCCAGAGCUAAGGCACCUCUUUAUCAGUUUCCAGUCUGCACAUAUUUUCCAGAAUGGAAGUGUAUUGGUCGGAGAUCUCUACAGCUCUGGGUCACUUUUGAAUGUUAUUAAUCUGUACAAGAAAUUGACAGAGAAGGUGAUGCCUGUGCCACUGGUCAUGUAUUUUGCCAUCAAUAUCCUGUACAUAGUGGAACAGCUCCAUAACAUUGGCAUCAUCCAUGGUGAUAUAAAACCUGAUAACUUUGCUCUGGGUGAAAACUUUAUAGAUCAUGAAUCUUGUAAACUGGAUCUGGUAUCGCAUGGACUAGCUCUCAUUGAUCUGGGUCAGAGCAUAGAUCUGACACUCUUCCCAACAGGAACAGCUUUCAAAGCAAAGUGCGAGACAUCUGGAUUUCAGUGCGUGGAAAUGCUGACCAAUAAACCCUGGAACUAUCAGACAGACUACUUUGGUGUAGCUGGAACAGUUUACUGCAUGCUGUUUGGCAACUACAUGAAAGUCCAUGAGGAGUGUGGUGUUUGGAAGACGGAGGGAAAUUUUAGACGAAUGCCAGAUGGAGAACUGUGGGUCAAUUUUUUCCAUACCUUAUUGAAUAUCCCUGACUGUCACAGCCCAUCGCCCCUCCAAGCCCUGCGGGAGAAACUCACAAGGACAUUCCAGAUGAUGUAUACAAGCAAAAUAAAAUCCCUGCGCAACAGACUCGUUAUCCGGCUUCUGGAAAACAAGCCUACGAGGAGAUAAAAAUGUUUCAGUUACCAAUCUGUAUUCCUUCAUCCACAA